AACUAUUAUGAAAGUGAAUUGCUGUCCGUGUUAUCGGAGAGAGCGAUGAUGCCCAUCUCUUAUAAGAGACUCAGUGCAACGAGAAAAGCCACUGAAUAGUAAACAUGCGCUUGUGCUUCGUACUAUCGACGGUCAGUCUUCUAAACACUUCCAUGUCCCCACAUGCAGUCUGUAAGGCGGUUGUCGCACUAAGGCGUAGGAUUGACAUUUUCGACAUGCCUAAGCCUGACUCGUGGAAAAGAAGACGCCACUCGACGACGUUCGUCCGAGUCCCCCAAUUCCCCUGGAAGCCAACAGUCGCCAUGCAACGCCACGAAAGGAUUGUCCGAUCGCAUCCGAUACUUCUUCGGGUCUAACACCACGCAGUUUUGCGCCACAUGUUCAAUUGAAUACUACUAUGUAUGUAUGUAUACAGCCAGAUAA